UAUUUUUUUUUGUCGCCAUUGUAGUGUUACUUACAUGUAAACCUCUGCUUUACAUUUUGUAAAAAAAAAAAAACGCUGCAGUGAACUUCGCCCCAAUUUUGGAGUACCCCUUUUCAACCGUGUUUCACAAUAAGUACCCUCAAUAUGGAAAUAAUUGCAGAGAAACCCAAAGUGAAAUUUAAUUUCGCGUCUGAGGAAUACAAAAACUGUGACAGUUCUGAUUACUCAGAGUGUGCGGAAGACUAUGGCAGACCAAAUGGGAAGGACUAUUUUUAUGCUAAUAGAAUUUUGUCUUUGGAUAGGAACAGUGAACAGAGGAGGAAGGAAUCCCCCAGUAAGCGACCAGGGUUAUGUGUAGAUGAAAUUUGCACGUGCGGCUUUCACAGAUGUCCCAAAAUAGUAAAGUCAUUACCAUUCGAUGGGGAAAGUAAUUAUCGAAGCGAGUUUGGUCCCAAGCCGCUGCCGGAGCUACCGCCUAGGCAAGAAGCUAAGUUGACGAGGUCACUGCCAUUCGAGGGAGAAAGCAACUAUAGAAGUGAGUUUGGCCCAAAGCCUCUACCUGAGCUACCCCCAAGAGUUGAACAGAAGCCUCCCAAAUCGCUUCCUUUCGAUGGGGAGAGUAACUACCGGAGUGAAUUUGGCCCUAAGCCUCUACCUGAGCUACCCCCAAGAGUUGAACAGAAAGCUCCCAAAUCGCUUCCUUUCGAUGGGGAGAGUAACUA